AGGGGGCUGAGGAGCCGCAGCGCCGGCCCCGCCCGGCCCGCCCCAUGGGCUCAGGAUGCCUGUCCGGAGGGGCCACGUCGCGCCGCAGAACACCUUCCUGGACACCAUCAUUCGCAAGUUUGAGGGCCAGAGCCGAAAGUUCAUCAUUGCUAAUGCUCGAGUGGAAAACUGUGCUGUCAUCUACUGCAAUGAUGGCUUCUGCGAGCUGUGUGGCUACUCCCGGGCAGAGGUGAUGCAGCGGCCCUGCACCUGUGACUUCCUGCAUGGCCCUAGAACCCAGCGCCGGGCUGCCGCCCAGAUUGCUCAGGCUCUGCUGGGGGCUGAGGAGCGCAAGGUGGAGAUUGCUUUCUACCGGAAGGAUGGCAGCUGCUUUCUGUGCUUGGUGGACGUAGUUCCCGUGAAGAACGAGGAUGGGGCUGUCAUCAUGUUCAUCCUCAACUUUGAAGUGGUGAUGGAGACAGAGUUGGCGGGGUCUCUGGCCCAUGACACGAACCACCGAGGCCCUCCCACCAGUUGGCUGGCCCCAGGCCGUGGCCGGACCUUCCGACUGAAGCUUCCAGCCCUUCUAGCCCUGACAGCCCGGGAACCGUCCCUGCGGCCUGGUGGCCCGAGGGCUCCUGGGGCAGUUGUGGUGGACGUGGACCUGACUCCGGCACCGCCCAGCAGUGAGUCUCUGGCCCUGGAUGAGGUGACCUCCUCCCUAGAUAACCAUGUGUCAGGCCCUCCCGGCCUGGCGGAGGAGCGCAGGGCCCUGGUGGGGCCUGGCUCCCCGAGCAGUGUACCUCUCACGCAUUCCUCCCCUCGGACGCGGAACCUCAACCCUGACGCCUCGGGCUCCAGCUGCAGCCUGGCUCGGACCCGCUCCCGCGAGAGCUGUGCCAGCGUCCGACGAGCGUCUUCCGCCGAUGACAUUGAGGCCAUGAGGGCCGGCACGAUGCCCCCGCCCCCCCGCCAUGCCAGCACUGGGGCCAUGCACCCCCUACGCAGCAGCCUCCUGAACUCCACCUCAGACUCGGACCUCGUCCGUUACCGCACCAUCAGCAAGAUUCCUCAGAUCACCCUGAACUUCGUGGAUCUGAAGGGUGACCCUUUUCUGGCCUCACCUGCCAGUGACCGUGAGAUCAUUGCCCCAAAGAUCAAGGAGAGGACCCACAACGUCACUGAGAAAGUCACCCAGGUCCUGUCCUUGGGUGCAGACGUGUUGCCUGAGUACAAGCUGCAGGCCCCCAGGAUUCACCGCUGGACCAUUUUGCACUAUAGUCCUUUCAAGGCUGUGUGGGACUGGCUUAUCCUCCUGCUGGUCAUCUACACCGCCGUCUUUACUCCGUACUCGGCAGCCUUCCUGCUGAGUGAGGAGACCCCACCAGCCCCUGAUUGUGGCUAUGCCUGUCAGCCCUUGGCGGUGGUGGACCUCAUCGUGGACAUCAUGUUCAUUGUGGACAUCCUCAUCAACUUCCGAACCACCUAUGUCAACGCCAAUGAGGAGGUGGUCAGCCACCCUGGCCGAAUCGCUGUCCACUACUUCAAGGGCUGGUUCCUCAUCGACAUGGUGGCAGCCAUCCCUUUUGACCUACUCAUCUUUGGCUCCGGCUCUGAGGAGCUGAUCGGGCUGCUGAAGACAGCACGGCUGCUGCGGCUGGUGAGGGUGGCAAGGAAGCUGGACCGCUACUCAGAGUAUGGGGCUGCCGUGCUCUUCCUGCUCAUGUGCACCUUCGCCCUCAUCGCGCACUGGCUGGCCUGCAUCUGGUACGCCAUCGGCAACAUGGAGCAGCCGUUCAUGGACUCCCGCAUCGGCUGGCUUCACAACCUGGGUGACCAGAUCGGCAAGCCCUACAAUGGCAGCGGCUCGGGGGGCCCCUCCAUCAAGGACAAGUAUGUCACUGCCCUCUACUUCACCUUCAGCAGCCUGACCAGUGUGGGCUUUGGCAAUGUCUCCCCCAACACCAAUUCCGAGAAGAUCUUCUCCAUAUGUGUCAUGCUCAUUGGCUCUCUGAUGUACGCCAGUAUCUUUGGCAAUGUAUCAGCCAUCAUACAACGACUGUACUCGGGCACUGCCCGAUACCACACCCAGAUGCUCCGAGUCCGUGAGUUCAUCCGCUUUCACCAGAUCCCCAACCCCCUGCGACAGCGCCUGGAGGAGUACUUCCAGCACGCGUGGUCCUACACCAAUGGCAUCGAUAUGAAUGCGGUGCUGAAGGGAUUUCCUGAGUGUCUCCAGGCUGAUAUCUGCUUGCACCUGAAUCGUUCCUUGCUACAACACUGCAAGCCUUUCCGAGGGGCCACCAAGGGCUGCCUGCGGGCACUGGCCAUGAAAUUCAAGACCACUCAUGCACCUCCCGGGGACACCCUCGUCCAUGCGGGGGACCUGCUGACAGCUCUCUACUUCAUUUCUCGAGGCUCCAUUGAGAUCUUACGUGGUGACGUUGUUGUGGCUAUCCUGGGGAAGAACGACAUCUUUGGCGAGCCUCUGAAUCUGUACGCACGGCCCGGCAAGUCCAAUGGGGAUGUCCGAGCUCUCACUUACUGUGACCUGCACAAGAUCCAGCGCGAUGACCUUCUGGAGGUACUGGACAUGUACCCCGAGUUCUCCGAUCACUUCUGGUCCAGCCUGGAGAUCACCUUCAACCUGCGUGACACCAAUAUGAUCCCUGGUUCCCCGGGCAGCACCGAGUUAGAUGGUGGCUUCAACCGGCUGCGCAGACGCAAGUUGUCCUUCCGCCGCCGAACGGACAAGGAUGCGGAGCAGUCAGGAGAAGGCUCAGUGGUGGGCGCGGGCCGAGAAGGUGCGGGCGCUGGCAGCCGGGCUCGGUCAGGGGGGCCGUGGGAUGAGAGCCCUUCCAGCGGCCCCUCCAGCCCAGAGAGCAGCGAGGAAGAGGAGACGCCAGGGCCUGGUUCCAGCCCCCUCCGCCUGGUGCCCUUCCCCAGCCCCCAGCCUCCCCGGGACCUGCUGGGGGGGGAGCCCAUGGCCGAAGAGGCCGAGAAGGGCAGCGACACCUGUAAUCCCUUGUCAGGUGCCUUCUCAGGGGUGUCCAACAUCUUCAGUUUCUGGGGGGACAGUCGGAGUCGCCAGUACCAGGAGCUGCCGAGAUGUCCGACCCCGACGCCUACUGCGGGGCUCCUCAACAUCCCCCUGGCCAGCCCCGGGCGCCGGCCCCGAGGCGACGUGGACAGCAGGCUGGAUGCGCUCCAGAGACAGCUCAACAGGCUGGAGACCCGCCUCAGCACGGACAUGGCUGCGGUGCUGCAGCUGCUGCAGAGACAGAUGACGCUGGUGCCCCCGGCCUACAGCACCGUGACUCCCCCCGCCCCCGCGCUCUCGUCCGACUCCCCCUUGUUGCCCGUCAGCCCCGUCCCCACUCUCACCCUCGACUCGCUCUCUCAGGUUUCCCAGUUCCUGGCGUGUGAGGAGCUCCCUCCAGGGGCUUCAGAGCUCCCCCACGACGGCCCUGCCCGACGCCUCUCCCUGCCCGGGCAGCUGGGGGCCCUGACCUCCCAGCCCCUGCACAGACACGGCUCAGACCCGGGCAGUUAGUAGGGCAGCUAGGCGGACAUGUGGCUCAGCCCAGGCCCCUGUGGCCCUGCACAACUCUGGGCCCUCUCCCCUAGACAGUCUUCACUCCCCUGGGGAGGAGACUGGGGAAUGGUCAGAAUGGGAGGAGUUGAGGGGAGCAACGGGGUCAUUUUCCUUUCCCUCAAAGCUUGGGAUAUUUUACUCCCACCAGGUCCCCCUUGCCCCACCUCCCCACCCUCACACCCCAGGGAGAGGGUUGGGGCCCCAGGGACCAGGCUGUGGUACCUCUUGGGGGCAUUGGACAGAGAGUCUCUGGUCCUCCCCACCCUCCUCCGGCUGCCCUGGGGGCAUUAGCUGGUCUAACUGCCCGGGAGGGAUAUGGCCCUGGGGCCUCAGGCACCUCAAGGACUCUACUGCUAUUUACUGCUCUUAUUGUUAAGGAUAAUAAUUAAGGAUCAUUAUGAAUCAUUAAUGAAGAUGCUGAUGAAUAUGAAUAAUAAAUAAUUAUCCUGAGGAGAAA